CCGGACAAAAGCAGCAGUCUAUUUGAAGGAGGGGAGCGAGGGAAGGGAAAGGAUGAGAGAUAUCGAAGGGGAAGGGGUGAGGGGAGGAGGUGGUGAAGCUGCUGCGAAGAGGAUCGGGUUUUGGGCUCUGUGCGUUGCAUUCAGCGUAAAGGGCUGAGGGUUGAGAUUUUAUGGGAGCGAAGGAGGGGUUGACAGAAGAGAGUGAGCACACAUCGGGGAAAAUGGCAUGACGUGGUGCUGUUUCCGCUGCGUGCUCACUUCUCUUCCUGUCAUCCAACCUUUGUUGUUCUAUCCUCCUGUUCUCGUCGCUCGAGAGCAACGCUCGCUAUCUCUUCUCGGGAGUCCCAUGCAUCGGUCUUAUCUGUCUGCUCGUCUCGGGAGUUCCAUGCAUCGAUCUUAUCCGUCGGCUCGUCAGAUUUGUGUGGCAAAGUGUGGUGGAUGGUUUCCGAGGGAAAAAACGUGACUUUUGAGAAGGAAAGAGAGUACAGACCGCCUCUGUCCGGACCGAAUUGAAGGGAACAAUCGAGAGGGAGGAAGAAACUAGAAAUAGUACAUUACGCUACUCUUAUCACUCAGCUGUCUGUGCGGCCUGAACGGAGGCUACUGUUUGGCAAGUCCUAGCUUUCUUCUUGUUCUCUUCCGUUCUGUGUGUUUCUUUAGUUUCUUUGCUUUCCCUUGUUUCUUGCUGGUUUUAACUAGGGUUUGGUGGUAAGCUAAUCAAAUUUAUGGAGAAGAGGAGCCCUUGGUGGUUUGUCUCUAUGGCGGCUUCGUGAGGGCGGAGAAAGCUUCAGCUUUGAUGAGGCACCAUGAAUCAUUAGCAUCUCUUCCUUCCAAUUGUGUUUUCCCCCUUUCGUGCAACCGUUUUCUCACUUUUAUUUGUUGUUGCUUCGCCAGGUUGAAAGAAGAUUCAGUUUUGAUGGCAUGCGAUGAGUAUCAGCUGACAAGUCUCUUUCUCCAAUUCAAUUUGCUAUUUACCCAGCUGAAGGCCUUGGCAUGCAGACUGUUGAAUUGUUUCUUGAGGAAGGAUGGGUUCCAUUUGUACACGUUCCCAAACAUUGAAUUAACUAGGAGCCUACUUGAGUUACCUGUAAUCCUGGUGAAGAUUCUGAUAUUUGGAGGAUUCACUCUUACAGCAAAGGCUAAGAUGAAAAGAAAGUUGUCCCCUAAUCUACAAUUGGCUGGACAAGUGCAGUACAUGACUGAUUUUAAUACUAUAAGUGGACAAAUCUGGGCACUCAAAUUAUUGGAAGCCCUGUGGACUUCUGCCUUGUAUCCAAGUCUGCCAGAUGAAGUAUGAAUAGUCUUAUGUGAUGAAUGCUCGACACCAUCUUAAUACAUCAACCCUUCUUGUAUAGUAUAUACAGUCAAUCAGAAUACUUUUCAAAGGCCACCCACGAUCCUUAGUUUUGGUAUUGCACUGAGCUGCAAUAGCCGAGUUGGAGUUCCCUCAUCAGUACUCCACAGUCUUGCCUUCUGCAACUUUUGAGAUUUGCCCAGCAUCAACUGACUUGAUGUUAUGAACAUCAUUGCACUUGGAAUUGCUCUGGCUCAGAGUAGCAAGAAGUAAGUUGAAACUUUCUUACUACUUGUAGCACAUUCAAACCUCUUUGACAUGUCAAGUCAGAUCUCACAUGUGCCUCGAGCAAUCUUGAUUGCUAAUUCUUGUAUCUCAAAAAUAUGAAUUUGGUUCUUCUUGAUAUACCUGAUCAUAUAAAUGUCCGUUUUAUCCUUGCUAAAUAAUAUCAUUGAACUACUUGUUAGAAACUUCUGCCCCCAGUUUCUUUCUCCUCAAUUUCAGCUGCAGAAUAAAAUAUAUGUUUUCCUGUGUCUUUGAUAUCAUUCUACUCCAUAAACCAAAUUUUUUCUUGCUAUCUUUUAGUCACUCUUCAGCCAAAAUUAUUGUCCUUUCCUUCUUUCAGGUUUCAUAUUGUAUUGUAUUUGGACAUAAUUAAAACUUUUGGACAAACAUUAAAACCUCAGCAAACUAUUGCCGUUAAAAUAAAGCCAUGCUUGUCAACUGCAUGUAGCUUUGCAAUGGAAUGUAAUUUUUUGCUUCAAUUUUCAGAAUGCAUUGCCUCAACUAGGUGAGGAUCUUGUAUCUUUCUUGGAAUCUGCUAAGCCCUCUUGAACCUAGUAUUUUUCAUGUGCAGAGGCCUCAGUAGAUGGACUCAUAACUGAAGCUUAGGGGAAUUCAUGAACCAGCACUUUAAGUGUAUUCCAUUAUUUCUUGCAUCAUUUUUUGCAGAGGCUGCCUAUAUGUGGACUCAUAGCUCAAGCUGAGUAAAAUCAUGAAUUAACACUAAGUCUACUCCUUUUUGUUGCUCAGUUAAUGUGGCAUCACAUUUUUAGAAUUCAAUAUUUUUGUAACAGGAAGGGAUCUUCUUGUUCCAGAACAUGUAGUCUAUUCCAUUGUUUCUUGCAGAGGCUUCCUGUAUGUGAACACAUAGUAAAAUCAUGAAUUAACACUAAAGUCUUCUCCUCUGUGGAUCAGUUAUUGUGGCAUCACAUUUUUAGAAUUCAAUAUUAUUGUAACAGGAAGGGAUCUUCCUGUUCUUCUGUGGAUCAGUUAUUGUGGCAUCACAUUUUUAGAAUUCAAUAUUAUUGUAACAGGAAGGGAUCUUCCUGUUCCAGAACAUGUAGGUUGUCGCAGCAAAGUAACCCCUUCAAGCAAUUGGGAGAAAGAUCUCACCUUGGAACUCCGCUUGUUUCUCCGAAGUUGAUGCCACUCUUGGGAGUUGUCCUUUGUUUAGUGCACUAUUUAGAUGCUCAAGCCCAAUCGAUAAGGAUGAAAAUUGUUCUGUUCAGAUGGAAGAAACAAGCAAUCCCUGGCUUUCAGGACAUAUUGUAAGGUACGAGAAGAGAUGAUGGAUGGUGAUGCUUGAGGUCUACCAUCCAAAACUGCAUGUACCAUGGUACUGUCAUACUUUCACAACUCUUUUUUACUCCACCAGUCCCUCUUCAGCAUCUCUUUUAUGAAAUAGAGCUUUGUCUAUUAAGAUUUUUGAAGGUUGUAACUAUCUGUCAAUGGGCAAUCCCUGGAAUCAUUAGGAUACAUUUGACGGAAACAUUAGUGGGUCUUCUUCUUCCACAUUAAUCUUUUUAUGAAAGAACAUGAUUUUAUGGUGGAUUUCACAUACGAAAAAUUUUGGAGUA